AUGGCAUCUCAGCCGCCAUCCCCGGUUUCACACGACAGCCUGAGCAGACCUGAUCUCGAGUUCCAACGGUUUGAAUACCUGCCCAGUCCCCGUGUGUCUGCGGAUGGGCAAGCCAGCAACACUGAAGCGCCACCCCAACAAACAGUUGCUACGCCUGAGCAUACACAGGACCUGCAAACAGACACUAAACCAAAGAAACCUCGCUUCGAUUGGGAGGGCUCCUGGGCAUGGGAAAUCGGAUCUAUUACACUAUCCGUCAUAGGCGUUGCGCUGUUGGUUGCCUUCCUUGUCACAAUAAACAAUUCUCCCUACGGGGACUGGCAGUAUACGGCGUCCCCUAAUACUGUCGUGUCAAUCAUCAUCACCAUUACCAAAGCCGCACUACUGGUCCCGGUGUCCUCGUGUCUCGGGCAGCUGAAAUGGAACCUCUUUCAAAAUCCAGCGCCACUAUAUCAGAUGCAGGUUAUUGACCAGGCAAGCCGGGGACCCUGGGGAUCACUGGAGAUUCUACUGAGAGGUAUAAUUGGGCCGAGAACAGGAAUAUUGACAUACAUUGGGGCAGCUCUUACGGUUCUCGCUCUUGCAGUGGAUCCAUUUGCACAGCAGAUCUUGACGUUCCCUCAGCGAACCGUCCCAGCGCUGAAUGCCACUGCGUCUAUCCAAACCUCACAAGAAUGGUUCUCUCCAUCGGAUGAUAUGGAAUACGAGAUAGAGUCUGGACUCUCACCGACGCUUCUGACGUCAGUGAUGAGUGGCCUCAUGCAGAUACAUAGUCCGCUUGAGCCUCAAUGCAAUUCAACCUCGUGCGAGUUCCCAGAGUUUGUUACAUUGGGGAUGUGUAGCAAAUGCGAGGAUGCCACAGCCCAAACAAAUCAAAAGUGUGAGGCGCCGGAAUUCUCACCCUACUUGGAUGCUGUCGAUAAGAGCUUAACAAAAGCCCCCAUCAAUUGCAGCUAUGAAACUCCGAAUGGCUUCACGUUCGAAUUCAAAGAGUUGGACAGUGCCGGCAUCGGGGCUGACACUAUCGGGUAUCGUAUGAACCAUUGGAGUUUACGUCCAAGGUAUAAUGACCCAGCUCUUGAGCUGCCGAGUCCAAUGUUUGACAUCCAGACCCCAAUUUCCUCCUUCAUUGCGGUCAACUAUAGCAUGGAGCUUACCUACGCUGUAUCCAACGCGACGCUCCCCCCUCCAAGACCAUCGGUCACAGAAUGCACUGUAUACUUUUGCGAACGAAAAUACGCAGCGACUUCCUACCGGCCCGGCGACCAAAGCAGCCGCCCAGUGCAUCCUGUUGAUACGCAGCAGCUCGUUCCCACAGACGCCUUGGAUGAAUUUUCCCUGCUUCCCUCGACAAACCCUGUCCACUUUGCAUCGCCCAGCGGGUCCAGAACCCUAUCACAAAACUCAACAUACGCCGUUGAUCAUCGGACGUUCAGCAGUCUGCAAGCGACACUGCGGAGCUUCUUCAAUACUACAACCUACGCCCUUGGAGGAAUAAGAGCAACCGACGCGUCGAGAAUAGCAACGAUUCUGCGCACGCCUAAUAUCGGCCACUUACUCGAGUCAAUGUCCACCAGCGCGACUGAUACCUUCCGUACUAAUGCGCGUGGUUCUACGAUUCCCGGGGACGCAUUCCGAGACGAGACUUUCAUUCGUGUCCGCUGGCCGUGGAUCAUUCUUCCUGUUAUUGUUGCGUUGGGAUCAAUUGUGCUACUUGUGGCGACUGCGAUCGGAAGCAAACAGAAGAAGGCAGUGUUGUGGAAGUCGACGGUGCUUCCGUUGAUAACGAGCCAUUUUGAUUCGACUCCAGAGAAUGGGAUUGCCUCUAUGCGCAGCGUGGAUGGAAUGACUGACAUGUCGAAGAAGAUGCGUGCCGUGGUUGUACAGGACGAGGGGCCAAUUACAUUCAAGGAAAAGGAAAACUAA